AUGAACCCCUCCAUCUUCCUCAAAUUCGCCGACUGUGUCAAUUUCCUAGGAGUUCACUCAUUACAACUCUUAUACCCGCCAACUGUUUGUGAAAAGUCCUUUUGCAUCCUCACAAAUCAAAGCUCAUGCGCCUCUUCAGUUGUUCAGUAUGGUUGGAACCUGACAUUCAUCCAAUUCGUGUUGCAGCAGGCUAUAGGAUUGCUUCAAAGAUUGAUGUUGAUCAUAUGCAACAAAUCUCACACAUAAAGUAAUCCAAUAUAGGAAAGGCAUCAAAACGGAAGGAUAGGUUCAGUUAAUUUUAGAAAUAACAAAUUGGAAUAGUUUUUGUGUAGUGUUUGAAAAUAUUUAUGUUUGGAUUUUAUUUGAAUUUUAGUAUUAUUUGGUGG